CCCCUCCCCCUGGGGUGGCAGCCUCCAAGGCCAGUGAAUGUGUAUCAGUGUGAACCUGAUCCAGAACCUGAUCCCAGCCAGCGAGGGAGCAAAGUGUAGUCUGUGAACAAAUAGGUGGCUGACUGGCAGUCUCGUGCUGUCUGUCCAGACGUCAGCUUGCUGUGGUGUUUUGGAGCCCUCUCUUACAUCAGAACUCUAUUCAGAUAAUCCUCUGAGUGUCAUCUCAGGGCCUCGGGCACACUCAUGGCACGAUGGCCGACCCUCAGGAGCACCUGAGCUGCUCCUCCUCCCCACACUUACCCUUGAGUGAAAACAAAACCUUCAAUGGACUGCAAGAUGAACUCCCACCCAUGGGGAGCCACCCUUCACCCAAGCUCCUUCAGGACCAGCAGGACAAGGGGGUGGUGCAAACCGAGCUAACGGAGGGCAUGCACAGCCCCAUCACCACAACAGUGUUGACAAGUGUGAGCGAGGAUUCCAGGGACCAGUUUGAGAACAGUGUUCUUCAGCUAAGGGAACAAGAUGAAUCGGAAAUGGCCGUGUCUCAGGGGAACAGCAACACUGUAGAUGGAGAGAGCAUGAGCGGAACAGAAGACAUCAAGAUUUAGAUCAGCAGGUCAGGCGGAGGCAGUGGUGGGUUUCUUGAAGGACUGUUUGGAUGCUUAAGGCCUGUAUGGAAUAUCAUUGGGAAGGCGUAUUCCACUGAUUACAAAUUACAGCAGCAAGAUACUUGGGAAGUGCCAUUUGAGGAGAUCUCAGAGCUGCAGUGGCUGGGUAGCGGAGCCCAAGGAGCUGUUUUUCUGGGCAAGUUCCGAGCGGAGGAGGUGGCCAUCAAGAAAGUGAGAGAACAGAAUGAGACGGAUAUCAAGCAUUUGAGGAAGUUGAAGCAUCCUAACAUCAUCGCUUUCAAGGGUGUUUGUACUCAGGCCCCAUGUUAUUGUAUCAUCAUGGAAUACUGUGCCCAUGGACAACUCUAUGAGGUUUUGCGAGCGGGCAGGAAGAUUACGCCUCGAUUGCUAGUAGACUGGUCCACAGGAAUCGCAAGUGGAAUGAAUUAUUUGCAUCUUCACAAAAUUAUUCAUCGUGAUCUCAAAUCACCUAAUGUUUUAGUGACUCACACAGAUGCAGUAAAAAUUUCAGAUUUUGGUACCUCCAAGGAACUCAGCGAUAAAAGUACCAAGAUGUCCUUUGCUGGCACAGUCGCGUGGAUGGCGCCAGAAGUGAUACGAAAUGAGCCUGUCUCUGAAAAAGUCGAUAUAUGGUCCUUUGGUGUGGUGCUUUGGGAAUUGCUGACAGGAGAGAUCCCUUAUAAAGAUGUAGACUCUUCGGCCAUUAUCUGGGGUGUUGGAAGCAAUAGCCUACAUCUUCCAGUUCCUUCCACUUGCCCUGAUGGAUUCAAAAUCCUUAUGAAACAGACAUGGCAAAGUAAACCUCGCAACCGACCUUCUUUCCGGCAGACACUCAUGCAUUUGGACAUCGCGUCUGCAGAUGUUCUUGCCACCCCACAAGAAACUUACUUCAAGUCUCAGGUAAGUUUGGAAACUUUCUACCAGGUACUAUUACUGAACAAACAGACAAGGAACUCUCAGUGA